GUUCCUCCAGGAGUUGAGAGUAAAACUGGUGUUCCAUUAAACAAGGAAAACAUUUACAUAUCAGAGACAAGUCCACCUACUGUGGUGGAAUCAUAUCAAGAGCAAUACCGCAGAGACUUCACGACAUUUCUCAAGUCUCGUUUUCAAGAACUUGGUUUCGGAGGACGAAUGGUCCUAUCGUUUUUAGGAAGGACUAACAAAUAUGCACCAAGUGGAGAACUGAGCCAGCUUUGGGGACUACUGGCUGAGGCACUCAAUGCUAUGGUCCUAGAGGGUAUCUUGCAAAAGAAAAAGGUGGAUGCCUUCAAUUUGCCUUUUUACACACCUUCUAUGGAGGAGGUGAGGGCAGUGAUACAAAGUGUAGGAUUUUUUGAUCUCGAUCGAGUAGAAAUAUUCAAGUCGAACUGGGAUCCAUUUGAUGACUCUAGUGAUGAUCGCAUAUACGACAAUAUUAUAAGCGGAGAAAAUGUGGCAAAGUCUAUAAGAGCACUAAUAGAACCCAUGAUUGCACGUAGCUUUGGGGAGCAGAUACUUGAUGAUUUAUUCUCAAGAUAUGCAAAGAAUGUUGCAAGGCACCUCUUGGAGGAGAAGACCAAGCUUCCUAUUUUUGUCAUUGCUUUGAAGACAAAAGUGUGAGGAUCAAUUUGGAUCUAUAAUAAUCCAUCGGUACAAUUCACUUGUCAUGAUGGAAAAUCAAUAAAAAUAUUGAUUAUGUCCUUAAUGGUUGUAAUGGUAUUUAGAAAAGAAUG